AUAGUCAACUUUAUUUGAUAAAUCAUUGUCCAAAUAAUCCCUCUUAAAAGGAAAAGAGAGAGAGAGAGAGAUCAUGGGACUAUAUGGAGUGAUGACAGGGAAAAAAGGAAAGAGUGGAUUUGGAUCUGCUUCUACUGCUGAAGAUGUUACUCACUCCAUUGAUGCAAGUCAUCUCACUGCCAUCAUCACAGGUGGAACAAGUGGGAUUGGAUUGGAGGCAGCAAGAGUGUUAGCAAUGAGAGGAGCUCAUGUCAUCAUUGCCGCAAGAAACCCAAAAGCUGCUAAUGAGUCCAAAGAGAUGAUUCUUCAGAUGAACCCUAAUGCUCGCGUAGAGUAUAUCCAGCUCGAUGUCUCGUCCAUCAAAUCAGUCAGAUCCUUCGUCGAUCAGUUUCUUGCCCUUAAUGUUCCUCUCAACAUACUCAUAAACAAUGCAGGUGUUAUGUUUUGUCCUUUCAAGCUCAGUGAAGAUGGGAUUGAAUCACAAUUCGCAACAAACCACAUUGGUCAUUUUCUGUUGACGAAUCUGCUUCUGGACAAAAUGAAGAGUACCGCAAGAGAAAGUGGAGUCCAAGGAAGGAUUGUGAAUUUGUCAUCUAUUGCUCAUACUUAUACUUACCCUGAAGGUAUCAAGUUCCAAGGCAUCAAUGACCCUGAUGGAUAUUCGGAGAGAAGGGCUUAUGGGCAGUCCAAACUCUCAAACUUGUUGCACUCCAAUGCACUCUCUCGCAGACUACAGGAAGAAGGUGUGAACAUCACUAUAAAUUCAGUGCACCCUGGACUUGUCACCACUAAUCUCUUUCGCCACUCCGGUUUUAGCAUGAAGGUCUUCAAGGCUAUGACUUUCCUCUUGUGGAAAAAUAUACCUCAGGGAGCAGCAACAACAUGCUACGUUGCACUUCAUCCUGAUCUCAAAGGCGUCACCGGAAAGUAUUUCGGCGACUGUAACAUCGUUACUCCGAGCAAAUUUGCUACCAACAAUUCUCUCGCCGAUAAACUUUGGGAUUUCAGUGUCAAACUCAUCGAUUCUGUCUCUAAAUAAAUUUAUCAUCAUCAUCAAGAUAAAUUCUUAGACAUUCAAAAUUUAUCCUUCUUGCUAUUGUUACAUUAAUGCCAUAUCUUUUUCAUCAUCACUACAUAUUUCUUUAUGGAAUACCAUAAUUAGAAAUCAUUCUCCAUUUUUUUUCUUGAAUAAAAUUAUCUAACACAA